UUUCCGCUAAAUGAUCAAAGAGGCUCCUCGAGGGUCCUCGCCGAGAAAAAAAAAUGCACACGCGCGAGCGAUGCCAAACCUCAGAACGAGGGAGGGACUCUUCAUGUGGCCGGCACCGGCAGCCCUGGCUCCAGACGCCCCGCCAGCCUUCUGCCGGCGGGACCGUCGCCAUUCUUGCACGGCGGUGCGUAUAGGCCCCGACUGUACCUGGGCCCCCCGAACACAUCCAGAUCCACCGCGGCCCGCGGCCCCACCGGCGGCAGGUUCUGAGCGCGGGCUCGGCCGCUGUGCUUUUAGGCUUGCGCGUUGCUAAUUUGACAGGCCCGUGGCCCGGACCUCUCAGCUCGGCGACUGCGAAUCCGCGUCCGCCCGCGACCAAAAAAGUAUAGACAUGCCAGGGCCCCCCGAACUUCUCCAGAUCCACCGCCUGCCGAGGUCCCCGAAGAUCGAUCCCAAGGGGGCCCCGGGCGGCGGUCAUGCACAAAUUCUCGCAGCGGGAUCUCGCCUCCGUCGGCUUCUGCACGGACGACGCGCGGAUCUGGCCGCGCCAGGGGGGCGGACCUCGCGCGGCGCGGCCUCGGGCGGCCCACGCAGCCCCCUCGGAAAAAAACGCGCGCGCGCCGGGGCACCCCGCGGGGCGGCCCCGCGGGCGCGCGGAGCUGCGCCGCGCUCGCGCGGAGAGCCUGGCGCCAGACUCUCGGCGGGGCCCCAGGCAUCGAACGCCUCGAGGCGUCGAGCAGCAGGAGCUCCGCCGCGCGCGGGACACCUGCAGCUUGCCCGCAAGGAGGAGGAGGAGGAGGAGGAGGAGGAGGAGGAGGCGGGAGCGCGGGAGGCCAGGGGAUCGCGGCGUGGGGUCGCGCCUCCGCCGCGUGUGCCCUCGGGGUGCAGCGCUCAGUCCGUGCCGCCGGUGCCACCCACCACCCUGGCGCGGACGUAUGCCGCAGAGGUGGAGGCCUUGCCCUGCAUGUCUAUCAACCUCCGAACCUUAGAGAUGGUCCCCUUGACCCUGACGCCGAUCUCGUCGCGCCUGGCGUGGGCGCCGUACCCCGCGGCGCCCCCGCCCACGAGGCCCACGGCGCCGCCCGCGGCCGCGCCGGCGGCCAGGCCGCAGCUGCCGCCGAUGGCUGCGCCGAUGGGGAUGGAGGCCGAAGGUGAAGAUGGCGGGGACGACGCCUAAGGCGCCCCCGACGAUGGCAGAAGAAGGAAAUGCGGCAAAAGCAGAAACUUCUGGAGGGGCUUGAACGUGCCAGGGGGCACGGUGGCGG